UUUUUUUAAUCUGUGCGGCAUCUCGCUUCCGGCCUGAAACCGGAAGUUGGGAUCAGCUGAUGGAGGAAGAGCUGAAGGAAAGGUGAGCCAUCUUCCCCCGGCAGACUGAAUAGUCCCUGAGAGCUUUUCGACGAGAGGAACCCCAGCGGGGGGGAUAUAUGGGGGUGUCAUUGCCAAAUGAAUGGAUGGAUGAGUUUUAAAAGACGGCAACCGGAGGAAAUGGCGAAGAAGAAGCAGAUCUGACAAGAGGGAUUUUGCAAGCGUCGGACACAAAAGCCGCUUAUACUAUUAACAAAGGGGGGUAAAAGCAGGAGUUUUUUUUUUUACAGAAAUAUGAAUUGAUUGUAACUUAUAUWAUUACUGAAAAUAGGCGACAUUGAAUCGCUUCUAUGCGUUAGGAGUUCGGAGAGUGCUCAACAUCAGUAGCGCAUGUAAACAAACGCCGGCUAAAUAAGCUAGCUCAGGGUUAGCAUUCAGGUGCUAACAAGCACCACUAAGCUAUUAGCAGGAACGAAGACAAAGCAAAUUGAAGAAAUGUAAAUAAUACUACAUGUCGUGUCACUGUUGCUAAUCUAUGUAGCAGGCGACGUUUGUUGGUGCURUCCACACUUAGCAUCUGUUAGCUAACUUAGCGCUUUGGCUAGCGUUUCCGUUAGCUCAGCGCGUUAUCGCUGGACAAAAACAAUAUAAAACAUUUUGGCAGCUGUAAAGUAACAGCGGCGCAGCUGUAGAGCGUUUUGUCACAAAACGGGAUGUUUCCAGAGAGGUGACAAGUGGUUAUUUCGACUUAGAGCGGCGCAGKUGAUUGGUUCACGAGUUGAAGGAAAAACUCGAUGAUUUCGACAGAGAAAAGCGGUGAGGUUUUAUCUCGAGAGGCAGCAGUUGUCAAAACUUUUUACUUUUUUUUUUGUACACGUAAAUACCUCUUAAUGACCGUGUCAUCGCCACAGAAAGCACAGCUAAUCUAUCAUGUAUAGUUUGACUUUUUAAGUUUUUAGUCACGGAUGGACACGUAAAAAGUGGCGUUUUUUGUUUUUUUAUUUUUUGUCAUGUAGCGGAGCUUAAGGCCCAUUUCGCCUCAGCUGUGUUUCAGUAGUGGUCUCCCCCCUUAUCCUAGUCUUGAGUCUCUCCUGGGCUCUUUUGUGUUCUGGUUCAGCUACAACCAUUUCAUUUCAGACUUUAGAGGCCUCAACUUUAAAGUUGCAGUCCUCUGGACUCCGAAGCCUUUAGGAGGGGGGGCAGAAAAAAGUGGAUGCGAUGGAGCUGAUGUUCGCCGAGUGGGAGGAUGGGGAGAGGUUCUCUUUCGAAGACUCGGACAGGUUCGAGGAAGACUCUCUGUGCUCCUUCAUCUCGGAGGCCGAGAGCCUCUGUCAGAACUGGAGAGGAUGGAGGAAGCAGUCCGCUGGUCCAAACUCCCCCACUGUCAAGAUCAAAGACGGUCAGGUGAUCCCGCUGGUUGAGUUAUCAGCAAAGCAGGUGGCCUUUCACAUCCCAUUUGAGGUGGUGGAGAAAGUUUACCCUCCAGUCCCAGAACAGCUCCAGCUCCGCAUCGCCUUCUGGAGCUUCCCUGAGAACGAGGAGGACAUCAGGUUGUAUUCCUGCCUGGCUAAUGGGAGUCCAGAUGAAUUCCAGCGUGGAGAGCAGCUAUACAGGAUCAGAGCUGUCAAAGAUCCCCUUCAGAUUGGCUUUCAUCUCAGUGCUACAGUAGUUUCCAGUCAGUCGGUCCAGUCGAAAGGAGCCUACAAUGUGGCGGUCAUGUUUGACCGGUGCCGCAUCACGUCUUGCAGCUGUACCUGUGGUGCUGGGGCAAAAUGGUGUGCCCACGUGGUGGCGCUCUGCCUCUUCAGAAUCCACAACGCAUCGGCAGUUUGUCUGAGGGCUCCAGUUUCUGAGUCUUUGUCCAGACUACAGAGGGACCAGCUCCAGAAGUUUGCCCAGUAUCUCAUUAGUGAGCUGCCUCAGCAGAUUCUACCAACAGCGCAGCGGCUGCUUGACGAAUUGCUGUCCUCUCAGUCGACUGCCAUCAACACUGUGUGUGGAGCUCCAGACCCAACAGCAGGUCCUUCAGCAUCUGACCAAAGCACCUGGUACUUGGAUGAAUCAACUCUUAGUGAUAAUAUCAAAAAGACUCUGCACAAGUUCUGUGGGCCCUCACCUGUUGUCUUCAGUGAUGUAAACUCCAUGUACCUGUCAUCCACUGAGCCACCGGCAGCUGCAGAGUGGGCAUGUUUGCUGCGCCCUCUGAGGGGCAGAGAGCCAGAGGGCAUCUGGAACCUCCUGUCCAUCGUCAGGGAGAUGUUUAAGAGGCGAGACAGCAACGCUGCCCCACUGCUGGAGAUCCUCACUGAACAGUGCCUUACCUAUGAGCAGAUCAUCAGCUGGUGGUACAGUGUUCGGACGUCUGCGUCCCACAGCAGUGCCAGCGGCCACACGGGGCGCAGCAACGGCCAGUCGGAGGUGGCGGCUCACGCCUGUGCUAGCAUGUGUGAUGAGAUGGUGGUUCUGUGGAGACUGGCGGUACUCGAUCCCACAAUGAGCCCCUGCAGGCGGCUGGAGUUGGCGAGCCAGCUGAAGCAGUGGCACCUGAAAGUUAUAGAGAUAGUGAAACGGGGACAACAUCGAAAAUCACUGGAUAAACUUUUUCAAGGCUUCAAGCCGGCCGUGGAGUCCUGCUACUUCAACUGGGAGGCGGCCUAUCCUCUGGAAGGCAUCACUUACUGCAGCACAGACAAAAAGAGCAACCCGUUCUGCUGGCCCAGGGCCAUGCAGUUCCAGAGGGGGAUCAAAGCUGCUGCAGGAGCCGGCGGCGAGCCGGGCGACUCGGGGGGAGGGGGCAGAGCGGAGGGCGGGGCUAUGAGCGACUUCAAGGGAAGAGGCGGUCACUCACAGGAGGUGGCUGUGCGACCGAAGGAGACCAUUCUGACUAAAAGGAAGGGUCUGUCGCUGAGCGGAGGGGGAGGAAUGGUGGUCCGCCUGGGAGGCAGCGUCUCUCUGUCCCUGGAGGACGGCGGAGGGAAGUGUGUGUAUAAAGGAGCAGCUACCUCCUCUGGAGGUAAACUAAAACUGACGCAGGGCGGUGGGAAGGGGGUGUCUGUGGGGGGUCAGGUCGGAGGUGGAGGGAUUGGAAGUAGCAAGCAUGCGAGCGCUAAGAGGAGAACCAGCAGCGAGGACAGCUCCUUGGAGCCGGACCUGGCUGAGCUCAGUCUGGACGAUGGCUGCAGUCUGGCUCUGGGGGCCGAGGCCAGCAACACUUUUGAGUUCCUCCCGCCGCCACCUGAGAUGCUCCCCUCUCCCAGCUCGCUGCUCCGAGACUCGCUGAAAUACAGCGACGGGAGCAAGAGCUGCGAGACGAAGCGCACGAGUCACGUUCCAGCUGCGCCAGCUGCCGCCGAGCCCGCUCCGCCCCGCUUCGCCUCCGAGGAGAACCGGGAGGUUAUGGACAUUCUCAGCACCGCAGAGCAAGAAGCAAAGAUGGAGGCGGAGCACGUCCACAGCAGAGACGAGGACGUCGACUCAGGAACGGGUCACCAGCCUUCCACCUGCACGGCGAGAUCCGGCAGCCCUCAGGCUGCUGACAAAACACCACAGGGCCACGGGGAAGCAGCAGCAGCAGAGUGUGGAGCAGUCAGACUGCAAGGUGCUGAAGCCACAGGGGAAGUUUCUGAGGGAGAAGCUGUGGGUGAAGACGACUAUCAGGCGUACUACCUCGGAGCUGCCUCAGAGGAAGGAGCAGACAAACAGCUGGCUGACAGCCACCAGGUGGAGGAACCGGAUAUCUUUGCAGGGAUUAAACCGCUCGAGAACGCAGGACGCAUGGAGGUGCUGUUUGCGUGUGCUGAAGCCCUCCACGCUCACGGCUACAGUAAUGAGGCGUGUCAGCUGGCUGUGGAGCUGGCCAGAGACCUGUUAUCAAACCCCCCUGACCUGAAGGUGGAGCAGCCACAAACCAAGGGUAAGAAGAGCAAGGUGUCGACCAGCCGUCAGACGCAGGUCGCCACCAACACCCUGUCCAAAGCCGCCUUCCUCCUCACUGUUCUCACUGAAAGGCUAGAGCUCCACAACCUGGCCUUCAGCACUGGGAUGUUCUCCCUGGAACUCCAGAGACCACCCGCAUCUACUAAAGCUCUGGAGGUGAAGCUGGCUUACCAGGAGUCGGAGGUGGUGGCUCUGCUGAAGAAGAUUCCCCUGGGUCUGGUGGAGAUGUCGGUCAUCAGAGAGCGAGCCGAGCAGCUCAGGGAUGGAAACCUGUGUGAUUACAGACCAGUGCUGCCUCUCAUGUUGGCCAGUUUCAUCUUUGACGUCCUCUGUACUCCAGUUGUUUCUCCGACUGGUUCCAGGCCGCCGAGCCGUAACCGAAACAAUGAGAUGCCUGGGGAUGAGGAGUUGGGCUUUGAGGCUGCAGUCGCUGCGCUUGGGAUGAAAACCACAGUUAGCGAGGCGGAGCAUCCUUUGCUUUGUGAAGGAACUCGUCGGGUGAAGGGGGACCUCGCUCUGGCCCUCAUGAUCACCUAUAAGGAUGACCAAAGCAAACUCAAAAAGAUUCUGGAUAAGUUACUGGACAGAGAGAGUCAGACCCACAAGCCCCAGACUCUGAGCUCCUUCUACUCGAGCAAACCGGCAGCGGGCAGCCAGCGCAGCCCAUCCAAACAUCCUGUUGUCAACCACAGUGGGGUCGGCGGCGCCACUGGGGGAGUGGCCAAACACAUCAUGUCCUCUUCCUCGCCAAACACGUUGGCCUCUUCGAGCUCUUCUUCUGUCGUGGCGUUGGCCGGAGAGGAGGUGGCUGAGCUGAACCUGGUACAGAACAACACGGCUGGGGAGAGUUCUGCUGACAACAGAGAGCAUGCGUUAGAGGGACCUCAGUUGUCGGCUGAGCAGCAGAACGAGACGGCACCGUUGAAAAUGGAGGCCACGGUGCCCAGUCGACUGGUGUUGGGGGGACGCUGUGGAUACAGCCAACGCUGCUGGGGCUCACCGGUCCGGCAGAAGAAGAAACACACUGGUAUGGCGAGCAUAGACAGCAGUGCUCCAGAGACCACCUCAGACAGUUCCCCCACCCUCAGCCGGAGGCCGCUCCGAGGUGGUUGGGCGGCAGCGUCUUGGGGGCGGGGCCAGGACAGCGACAGCAUCAGCAGUUCAUCGUCCGAUUCGCUGGGCUCCUCCUCCUCCAGUGGCUCUCGCAGGGCUGGAGGCGGGGCCAGGGCCAAGAGCACAGACACCAGCAGGUACAAAGGGCGACGUCUCGAGUGCCACGCUCCCCACGUGCCCAAUCAGCCAUCGGAGGCAGCAGCCCACUUUUACUUUGAGCUGGCCAAGACUGUGCUCAUCAAGGCCGGAGGAAACUCAUCCACAUCCAUUUUCACCCAGCCCUCAGCCAGCGGCGGUCACCAGGGACCACACAGAAACCUGCACCUCUGUGCCUUUGAGAUCGGGCUGUACGCUCUUGGCCUCCACAACUUCGUCUCACCCAACUGGCUCUCCAGAACUUAUUCAUCCCACGUGUCCUGGAUCACCGGCCAAGCCAUGGAGAUUGGCAGCGCCGCCCUGAACAUUUUAGUGGAGUGUUGGGACGGGCACCUCACCCCCCCAGAAGUGGCCUCCUUGGCAGACCGAGCAUCACGAGCCAGAGACCCCAACAUGGUCCGCGCGGCGGCGGAGCUGGCCCUCAGCUGCCUGCCUCACGCUCACGCCCUCAAUCCAAACGAGAUCCAGAGAGCCCUGGUGCAGUGCAAAGAACAGGACAACGUGAUGCUGGAAAAGGCCUGCAUGGCUGUGGAGGAAGCAGCCAAAGGCGGCGGCGUCUACCCCGAGGUUUUGUUCGAGGUGGCCCACCAGUGGUACUGGCUUUAUGARCAGUCGGUGGCCGGGGGCUCUGGCCAGCAGCGCGAGACCUCCGGGCGAUGCGGGGCCAACAGCGGCUCCUCCAGGAGGCUCCCGGACCCCAACUGCGGCGUCCUGGACAGCUCCGUCAGCAUGGAGUCGGCGGGGAUGGCGGCUGUCACGGCUUCGGUCACUGCCGCCGCCGUCGUUCCCGUCAUCUCUGUGGGCUCCACCAUCUACCAGUCCCACGCCAUCCCCGGCCAGGCUAUGGCUCACCCCCACAGCCAGGGGCUCCACCCCUACACAGCCAUCCAGGCCCACCUCCCCACCGUCUGCACCCCACAGUAYCUGGGACACCCUCUGCAGCACGUCCCUCGGCCCGCGGUCUUUCCUGUGACAGGGGCGUCGUAUCCACAGGGGAUGCACCCAGCAGCUUUUAUUGGAGCCCAGUAUCCUUUCUCAGUGGCUGCUGGCCCACAGCCCCCUCUAGCUGCCACGGCCGUCACCUUCCCCGCCGUUCCCGUUCCGUCGAUGACUCAGAUCGCCGUCCAUCCYUACCACGCAGAGACAGGCCUGCCCCUCAGCACCACUGUGGCAGUGAGCAGCAUCCACUCUGGCCCCACCAUGCAGGCCAUACAGGGGGCGUCUCUGCCUGCUGUCUCCUCCCAGCCGGCGCCGUUGGUGAGCAACCCCUUCCCUGUGGAAGACGARCAGCACAGCCAGCCAAUCAGCCAGCAGGGCCUGCACUACCUGCACUCUGCCUACAGAGUCGGCAUGCUGGCGUUGGAGAUGCUGGGCAGGAGGGCUCACAACGACCAUCCCAACAAUUUCUCCAGAAGCCCGCCGUACACAGAAGACGUCAAAUGGUUGCUGGGCCUCGCUGCGAGGCUUG